GUCCAACGUUUUGGUACUUUUCACGACUUGUCUCUUUUUUUUGGUUUCUUAUAUAUUAAAGAUUUCCCAAAAGGGACCAUUACCUCUCUGAUCUUCACCACCGUAUCAUCUGUCUUGGGACACUUCUCUUUCUCUUCGGUAAAUACAUCAAAGGAUCAUGAGUUUGGACUCUGUGUGAAGAAGGAACUUCGUCUUUUGAUGCAGUUCUCUCCCAGUCAUAGUCCACAAAUUAUGUUAAAGCAAUGGUCACUUACGAUCAUAAAGCCGUGAUCAUCAAUGGUCAGAGAAGGAUCCUUCUAUCUGGCUCCAUUCACUACCCAAGAAGCACACCUGAGAUGUGGCCUGAUCUUAUACAGAAGGCCAAAGAUGGAGGCUUGGAUGUGAUACAGACUUACGUUUUCUGGAAUGGGCAUGAACCUUCUCCUGGACAAUACUAUUUUGAGGACAGAUAUGAUCUGGUCAAGUUCGUUAAGCUGGUACAACAAGCUGGUCUGUAUGUUCAUAUCAGAAUUGGUCCUUACGUUUGUGCCGAAUGGAACUUUGGAGGGUUUCCUGUUUGGCUCAAAUAUGUUCCCGGUAUGGCAUUUAGGACUGACAAUGAACCUUUCAAGGCUGCAAUGCAAAAAUUCACUGAGAAGAUUGUGGGGAUGAUGAAAGAAGAAAAAUUGUUUGAGACCCAAGGAGGACCCAUCAUUCUGUCACAGAUAGAGAAUGAGUAUGGACCAAUAGAGUGGGAGAUAGGAGCACCAGGAAAGGCAUACACAAAAUGGGCAGCUCAAAUGGCAGAAGGACUCUCCACAGGUGUCCCAUGGAUUAUGUGCAAGCAAGAUGAUGCUCCUGACUCCAUUAUAAACACAUGCAAUGGGUACUAUUGUGAGAAUUUCAAACCAAAUUCAGACAACAAGCCGAAGAUGUGGACAGAAAACUGGACUGGUUGGUUCACGGAGUUUGGAGGUGCGGUACCAUACAGACCAGCCGAAGACAUUGCCUUCUCUGUGGCUCGCUUCAUACAGAACGGUGGCUCCUUCAUCAAUUACUAUAUGUACCACGGAGGAACGAACUUCGACAGAACAGCCGGUGAGUUCAUGGCUACUAGCUAUGACUACGACGCUCCGCUCGAUGAAUACGGGUUACCGAGAGAACCUAAGUAUAGUCACUUGACGAAGUUACAUAAGGUCAUCAAGCUCUGUGAGCCAGCAUUGGUCUCUGUUGAUCCUACAGUCACAUCCCUCGGCGAUAAACAAGAAGCUCAUGUGUUCAAAUCCAAGUCAUCUUGUGCUGCUUUUCUCUCAAACUACAACUCUAGUUCUGCUGCAAGAGUCUCCUUCGGGGGAUCUACAUAUGACCUACCUCCGUGGUCUGUUAGUAUUCUACCUAACUGCAAAACCGAGUAUUACAACACUGCAAAGGUACAGGUCCGUGCACCAAGUAUACACAUGAAGAUGGUUCCCACAGACACACAGUUAUCUUGGGGAUCAUACAGCGAAGAGAUUCCUUCUCCAAAUUAUAAUGGUACAUUUGCCAAAGAUGGGCUUGUGGAACAGAUAAGCAUCACCAGAGACAAGACUGACUAUUUUUGGUAUCUGACAGACAUUACAAUCAGUGCUGAUGAGAAGUUCUUGAAGACUGGUGAAGACCCUCUUCUUACUAUUGGGUCAGCUGGGCAUGCUCUUAGUGUAUUCGUUAAUGGACAGCUUGCAGGAACUGCUUAUGGAUCACUGGAGAAACCAAAGCUAACAUUUAGCCAGAAGAUAAAACUAGCUGCAGGGGUCAACAAACUUGCACUGUUAAGUAUAGCAGUUGGUCUCCCGAACGUUGGCUUGCAUUAUGAGACUAGGAAUAGUGGUGUUCUUGGCCCAGUCACACUGGAGGGAGUUAACUCCGGAACAUGGGACAUGUCUAAAUGGAAAUGGUCCUACAAGAUUGGUACUAAGGGUGAAGCUCUGAGCAUUCAUACCGUAACCGGGAGUUCCACCGUGGAAUGGAAAGAAGGACCAUUAGUAGCCAAGAAACAACCCUUGACCUGGUACAAGUCUACUUUUGAGACACCAGCAGGCAAUGAACCAUUGGCUUUGGACAUGAACACAAUGGGGAAAGGCCAAGUUUGGAUAAAUGGUCAGAACAUCGGACGUCAUUGGCCUGCAUAUAAAGCUCGUGGGAAAUGCGAACGCUGCAGCUAUGCUGGAACGUUCAACGAGAAUAAAUGUUUGAGUAACUGUGGAGAAGCUUCUCAAAGAUGGUACCAUGUACCUCGUUCGUGGCUGAAGCCAUCUGCGAACCUAAUAGUUGUACUUGAGGAGUGGGGUGGUGACCCCAAUGGGAUCUCUCUUGUAAGAAGAACAUCCAAGAAAAUAGCUUCUGAGUCCAUCUUUUCAGGAUAAAAAAGCUGCUUGUGAUAAAGUUCUGUGCAAGUAAAUUUCAAAAAUACAGAUUGUAUGUACAUAUUAUAUACUGGAAAUUAUUAUAUUGGCUCAUGUCCUGUGCCUAUUCAUAUAAUACAGAGUGUAUAAAGAAUAUUUUUCUCAGCUUAUAACUUUUCUAUCUUCA